AUGCAAGACCUACGCGAAGCAAACUCGACAAGCCGAACCUCAGAAUUAGAAACCGGACAGUUGAGGGAUUUUCAGCCACGUGAAGAAAAUCUCCAGAGGCAGUUAAGAGAUGUGCAGCAACGCGAAGAGAAUUUACGAAGACAGUUCAGAGAGCUUCAGGAACGGGAACAGAGCGCUCAAAGGCAGCUGACGGAGUCGCGGCAACGUGAACAAAAUUUGCAGCGGCAACUCAGAGAACUUCAGGAACGGGAACAAAGCUCUCAAAGGCAGCUGACGGAGUCGCGGCAACGUGAACAAAAUUUGCAGCGGCAACUCAGAGAACUUCAGGAACGGGAACAAAGCUCUCAAAGGCAGCUGACGGAGUCGCGGCAGCGUGGACAAAAUUUGCAGCGGCAACUAAGAGAUGUUCAAGAACAGGAGCAAAAUUCUCAAAGGCAGCUAACGGAGUUUCAGCAACGUGAAGAAAAUUCUCAGGGACAGUUGAGAAAUUGCCAAGAACAAGUUUCUGAACUACAGUUAAGUCUUUCAACAGCUCAGCUAACAAUAAAUGAAUUUCGCAGCCAGGAAACACGUGACUGGGUUAUUCCCCGCGACGAAAUCCAAAUCACAGAGAAAUGCCUAGGGAGGGGAGGAUGGGGAAGUGUCAAUGAGGGAACGUAUUGUGGCUGUACUGUAGCAGUAAAGCAAAUUCAUGAUCUGAUUCUCUCCCCUCAUAACAUACAUCUUUUUGAGAGAGAAAUGAAUAUUGCAUCCAAGUGCCGCCAUCCACACUUGCUACAGUUUAUCGGCGCGACGAAAGAUGAGGGAACUCCGCUAUUUGUCACCGAGCUAAUGGAGAAAAGUCUGCGGACGCUGUUGGAACAGCGACAACUCUCCGAAACGGAAAUCGCCGUCAUUUCCCUGGAUGUUGCUCUUGCGCUGAACUACCUUCAUCAGAGGAAGCCAGAAUCCAUUAUUCAUCGUGACGUCAGUAGUGCUAAUGUGUUGCUAUGGCGACAAGGUGACCAAUGGAGAGGCAAAGUUUCAGAUUACGGCACUGCUAAUGUCAUACAGCAGACCAUGACAGUGGGUCCUGGAGCUAUGAUUUACAGCGCACCUGAAGCACUUACAUCAAACCAGUCAGUGAAGGUAAGUUGUUUAUUGAAUUUUCGAGAAUUUCAAAGACUCAUUGAAUUUACAAAUGUACAGCAAUGCUAAUAUUUGCGUAAGUGUUUGGUCCGGAUCAGUCAUAGAAGUGUUUCGGCUCCGACAACAUUUGUAAAAAGAAAUACCGGAGUUUUCACAAGUCUACAGGUGCCUGUGGCCUUGCAAAAACUCUAGUUUUUCUCUGCUAAAGUUAUCGGUACUGUACAACUUUUUUGACUGGUCCGGAUCCAGUUAUUCUGUAGAGUAAAAGCGUGCUCUUGUGACCCUUGCUCAUCCCCGAAUCCACCGUCGGUUUAAAUUUCUUUUCUUACAACGUAUCGGCCGUGGUUUCCUCUUGCCAUUGUUAUCGUUUGGGCCUACGGAAGAAGUGGCGGCGUUGAUGGUAUUUAUAAUGUUCUUGUGCUUUGUAUUUCGUCGGCUGUCAUUAGUAAAUUGGGAAAGAAGGGGUUGGACUUACAAAGUUAUAUGGUGUUAAGGGAUUUUUACGAUGAGGACAUUUGACUACCCACGACCAACUGUUUUUUUUUUUUAAUUCAAAUAUGUCAAUCCUGGUUAGGUUUAAAAAAUAAGAGCCCUUUGCUCGUCCCGUCCCGUCCUGUCUUGUCCCUCUACAAGCUCUUGCCCAUGCCAUCCGCAGUUUUGCGCGCUCAAAUUCUUCCCUCUUCCACGUUUCUUAGUUUUUAGUCAACCUAUUAAACUAUCGCAUAGUUGGUUCUGGUGUCUCCAAAUGGAACUUGUCUCAGUUGACUCAGUUGGGCUGCGGUGCUCAACUGCCCCAGACUUUAACCGUAAUAUGUCACAGACAUCCGAGGGAAAAAAAUAUUGACUUAUUCAAAUAAUGCAUUGUUGUUAGGUUGAUGUUUACAGCUUUGGUGUUCUUCUUUGUGAAAUGUGCAUCCGGCAACUUCCAGAUCCCCGAAGGCGUGAAGAACAAGUGGUGCUUGUAACAAAUGGCGCGUUUCGUGGCCUGGUACGGCGAUGCCUGCAGAGAGAGCCUGGGGCGAGACCAACCAUGCAGGAGAUAAUCGAUCAACUGAAAGAAUUCGAUGCAAAUUCUUAA